AUUUGUAAAUUCCAGGUAGAAGGCAAAGAGCUGUCUGUGCUCAGAAAAAAAGGAAUAGUUAGAUAAAAAAGAAUGGACAUGAGGGAUGAAGAGGAAAUGUUAAGAGAGAUUUCAUGAUCGAUGUCUAAUAAAGCAGAUAUGGGACUCACAGGUGCUGGGCAAAUUAUUGCAGACAGAUGACUCUGACCUAGGCUUUAGAAAUAAGGCAAACCUGCCCUAUCCCACUGUGUGGGGAGCCAGCAAGCCUGCACCACCCCUAGCAGUGUUUGGACUUUGCUUUCUGCAGACAUAAUGUCCAAAUUUUGUGGCGACCUGGGGGAGGAGGGAAGGGUUGUGCAAAGCUCAGCAAAAGCCCUCAUAUCAGUUACUCUAUGUAGAUAUAACACGAGUUUCCUAAAACACAUCUCUCAGUAGUUUGCCAGAAAGGCAGGCUCUACCAAAAUAUGUCUGCCUUCCUGUCUCUCUUUAUUUGUGGGUUGUGCACAUUGCUUUUAUUAGCUGUCCUCUAUGUUUCAAAAGGUUUGAAACAAUCAGCUUUAAAUUUGCCUCCUGGUCCAUUUCCUCUUCCAGUCAUUGGUAACCUGCAUUUGCUGGAUAUCCGAAGGCAAGAUAAAUCAUUAAUGAAGAUUUCAGAGAAAUACGGCCCUGUGUUCACUGUCCAUUUGGGAUUCUAGCGGACUGUGGUGCUGACUGGCUAUGAAGCAGUAAAAGAAGCCCUUCUGAACACUGCUGAUGUAUUUGCAGACAGACCAGCUAUACCCAUCUUCUAUCGCAUCCAGCACGGAAAUGGUGUGUUCUUCUCUUCUCGAGAGCUCUGGAAAACAACACGCAGGUUCACCAUGGCGACCAUGCGGGAUCUUGGCAUGGGGAAACGACUGUCAGAGGAGAGGAUUCUGGAAGAGCUUCACUUUCUUGUCGACCUGAUCAAGUCCUUCAAAGGCGGACCUUUCAGAUUACGGUUUUUGAAUACAGCCCCCACCAACAUCACUUUUGCUAUACUCUUUGGGAGAAGGUUUGAUUAUAAGGACCCAACAUUUGUCACUCUCUUAAGACUCAUAGAUGAAGUCAUGCUCCUUCUUGGCUCUCCAUUCUUGCAUUUAUUUAAUUUCUACCCAUUCCUUGGAUUUCUCUUCAAACCUCACAAGAUGAUACUGAAAAAAGUGGAAGAGGUGUGUGUGAUCUUGAACAGACACAUCAAGGAAAGCAAAAAAACCAUUAAUGGAAACAACUUGACAAGCUACAUUGAUGCACUAGUAUUCAAACAGCAAGAGGAGAAAGAUAAAAGCAAUACCUCCUUUUACGAUGCAAAUGUACUGGCCUCUGCACUUGACCUGCUCAUGGCUGGCACCGAGACAACAUCCACAACAUUGCAGUGGGCCAUCCUGCUGAUGAUGAAGUACCCCAAGAUUCAGAGAAAGGUGCAUGCAGAGAUUGAGCGAGUUCUUGGCCCUGACUGCUUGCCUACCUUUGAGGACCGGAAAAACAUGCCAUUUACCAAUGCAGUGAUCCACGAAGUGCAGAGAUUUGUCACCCUCCUGCCACAUGUUCCACGGUGCACCUCCACUGACACUUACUUUAAAGGCUACUUCAUCCCCAAGGGAACAACGGUGAUUCCUCUGCUCACCUCUGUGCUGAUGGAUAAAACACAAUGGGAGACACCAGAUGAAUUCAACCCCAACCAUUUCCUUGACGCAGACGGGAACUUUGUAAAGAAGAAAGCUUUCCUGCCCUUCUCCACAGGACUAGAGUUGCAACUUCAUCUCAUCCCCUCAUCAAGGCAGGCAAUAGGACACUUAUUCAUAGCAGCUGGCUUAUUCCUUGGUCUGAAAUGCUGAGUGGAGUCCGGAAGGAUCUAAGACUGCAAUGAGAGGUUGCGCAUGCUGGAUACAGUGAAUCUCCGAGUUGUUCUCCAGAGCUCCCCAAUAGAGAAGAAGACACCUGGGGAGGCCAUGAGACAUCUCCACUGGGAUCAUACAUGGAGGAGCUCCUCCGCACACACCAAGAUAUG